CGCCUCGGCUCCCGCCGCGUCUGGGCUGACGUGUCGGCGGCUCUUCGGCGGCUCGGCCGUGAUGGCGGACGCCUGGGAGGAGAUCAGGCGGUUGGCAGCUGACUUCCAGCGGGCGCAGUUCGCCGAGGCCACUCAGAGGCUGUCAGAGCGGAACUGCAUUGAGAUUGUGAAUAAAUUGAUAGCUCAAAAACAGCUAGAAGUAGUUCACACACUUGAUGGGAAGGAAUAUAUUACACCAGCUCAGAUUAGUAAAGAAAUGAGAGAUGAGCUACAUGUCCGAGGUGGUCGAGUAAACAUUGUUGAUCUGCAACAGGUAAUUAAUGUGGAUCUGACUCAUAUUGAAAGUAGAAUUGGUGACAUUGUAAAAUCAGAAAAACAUGUUCAGCUAGUGUUGGGACAACUGAUAGAUGAGAACUAUUUGGAUCGGUUAGCAGAAGAGGUUAAUGAUAAAUUGCAAGAAAGUGGUCAGGUCACCAUAUCAGAGCUAUGUAAAACCUAUGAUCUUCCUGGAAACUUUCUGACACAGGCACUAACUCAGCGACUAGGUAGAAUCAUUAAUGGACACAUCGAUCUUGAUAACAGAGGAGUAAUAUUCACAGAAGCCUUCGUAGCCCGGCAUAAAGCCCGCAUCCGGGGACUGUUCAGUGCCAUUACCCGGCCUACAGCAGUGAAUUCUCUCAUUUCAAAAUAUGGAUUUCAAGAGCAGCUGCUUUACUCUGUGCUUGAAGAACUUGUUAAUAGUGGACGUUUACGAGGCACUGUGGUUGGUGGGAGACAGGAUAAAGCAGUAUUUGUCCCUGACAUUUACUCCAGAACACAGAGUACUUGGGUGGAUUCCUUUUUCAGACAGAAUGGCUAUCUAGAAUUUGAUGCUUUGUCCAGACUUGGAAUCCCAGAUGCUGUGAGCUAUAUAAAGAAAAGAUAUAAGACAACACAACUCUUGUUUUUGAAAGCAGCUUGUGUUGGUCAAGGACUUGUGGAUCAGGUGGAAGCAUCAGUAGAGGAAGCUAUCAGCUCUGGAACAUGGGUUGAUAUUGCACCUCUCUUACCCAGUUCGUUAUCAGUCAAAGAUGCUGGGAUGUUGCUUCAACAGGUGAUGAGAGCAUUCAGCAAGCAGGCAUCAGCUGUAGUCUUUAGCGACACAGUCGUAGUCAGUGAAAAAUUCAUAAAUAACUGUAUUGAACUCUUCAGUGAACUGAUGCACCAGAAAGCUGAAAAGGAAAUGAAAAAUAAUCCUGUUCAUUUAAUCACUGAAGAAGAUCUGAAACAAGUCUCCAUUUUAGAAAGCAUUAAUACAAGUAAAAAAGAUAAAAAAGAUGAACGAAGGAGAAAAGCAACAGAGGGCAGUGGAAGUGUGAGAGGAGGUGGUGGUGGCAAUGCUAGAGAGUACAAAAUGAAAAAAAUCAAGAAGAAAGGAAGAAAAGAAGAGGAUAGUGAUGAUGAGUCAUCUCACACUGGAAAGAAGAAGCCAGAGGUCACUUUCAUGCUCCAGGAUGAGAUUGAAGACUUUUUAAGAAAACACAUACAAGAUGCCCCGGAGGAAUGUAUUUCUGAACUUGCUGAGUUCUUAAUAAAACCUCUUAACAAAGCUUAUCUCGAGGUGGUACGUUCAGUGUUCAUGUCUUCAACUUCUGCCUCUGGAACUGGUAGAAAGCGCACAAUCAAGGACUUGCAAGAAGAGGUUUCAAACCUGUACAAUAAUAUACGGCUGUUUGAAAAAGGGGUGAAGUUCUUUACAGAUGAUACACAGGCUGCGCUUACAAAGCACUUGCUGAAGACAGUGUGUACUGAUAUCACUAACCUCAUUUUCAACUUCUUAGCCUCGGAUUUAAUGAUGGCAGUAGACGAUCCUGCAGCUAUUACAAGUGAAGUAAGAAAAAAAAUUUUAAGUAAAUUAUCAGAAGAAACCAAAGUAGCUCUCACAAAACUCCAUAGCUCUCUGAAUGAAAAGAGCAUAGAAGACUUUCUUUCUUGUCUGGAUUCUGCAGCAGAAGCUUGUGAUAUAAUGAUGAAAAGGGGAGACAAAAAAAGGGAAAGGCAGAUACUGUUCCAGCAUCGACAAGCACUGGUUGAGCAGCUAAAAGUCACAGAAGACCCUGCUCUUAUUCUGCACCUCACAGCAGUCCUUCUGUUUCAGUUCUCAACCCACAGCAUGCUCCAUGCACCUGGAAGAUGUGUCCCACAGAUCAUUGCUUUUCUUAAUAGUAAAAUUCCAGAGGAUCAGCAUGCUCUUUUGGUAAAGUAUCAAGGUUUAGUUGUAAAGCAUUUAGUCAGUCAGAAUAAGAAGACUGGACAGGGAGAUGAUCCUAUAAGUGAUGAAUUAGACAAAGAACAAGAAGAUAUCAGCAAUGCUACUCGUAAAGAGCUUCAAGAACUUUCUUCAUCCAUUAAAGACCUUAUUCUCAAAUCCAGGAAAUCAUCUGUGACAGAAGAAUAAUGAUCAUAAUUUACUUUUGUCAUAAUAAUAAUAAUUUUUUCCAAAGUUUAAGGUGACUGGUUACCAAAAAAUACUUCACAAUCCUCGGUUCUCCCCAGUCACCACCCCCCCUACACACACACACACAGACACACACACACACACACACACACAUAAUUCAGUUUAAAUAGUAGUGUUGUAUUUAGUGUAAAUCUUAUAAAAAUGUGAAAGUUUUGUAAAUUGGGUUCAACCAUGGAAGAUUUCUUUUUCACAUUAUAAUUCUAAAAAUUACCAUUUCAGGCUUAUUUUAUUUUCAGAUGCUGAAUGAAGAAUAAAUUUUCUGAUAUCUGUCAUGUCUAGAAAAGGACUCAUUCGUUGUGUUGUUAGAUUUCAAGUGACAUUAUUUAUAUAUAUAUUAGGCAGAACCUUAAAAUGUGGUCAUGUUUUUUUAAAAAAGGAAAGAAAACCCUUUGAUGUCAGAAAUAAAAAUCGUGGAUUUUAAAAUUAAAAGAAUGCUUCAAACCUAAAAUACAAAAAUUUGAAAAAAAAAAAAAGAAAGAAAGAAAGAAAAUUUAUUACUAUACUCUUGCUCUGGCAGAAAGCCUCCCAUCUCCCUGACAAGAGUGGACUUUUAUGUGGUUGGCAGUUUGAGGGACUGUCUUUGCAGGUGCAGAAGAAUACCAGAGGGGCUCACACACUGUUGUGGUCUAUUCUAACACAAGAUGCUAGCGAGUGAGAGGAAUGAUAAAAGUUACUUCUUAAGAGGUAUAAGUCACAUUUUAACAUUAGAAUAACUAAAAAUGUGAUACAAGUAUUUUUCUUUAACCCAAUUUGCAUUUCUAAAUGUUAUAUUUUAUAUCACUAAUCACUCUGGCAUCUAAUUCUUUGUUGUGGUAGGAUCUCUAGGUGCAUUGAAGUCAUUGGAACAUUUUUUCCCCAAAAAAUGAAAACCCUUAUGAGAAAAUAGAUUUCUUAUUAUCUGAAGACUAUUAGUAGUUAAAAGUAACAGUUCCUUGGAGUAAUAAUUUCAAGCAAAUGAGUUUUAAGCAACAAUUUACUAUAUAUCAAAAAAAUUAUUUUGAAUAUAAUAGUAAGUUAAAUCUCAAGUACGAAAAGUACUAUUUUAUGUAAUUCCUUAUACAUCAUUUAAAACUCUUGUUUCAAAAUGUUUGAAUACCAGUAUCAGUCUACCUCUAAUUCCAGACGAAGUAUUAAUACUGAAUGAAAGAAACUGAUAUAAUUGUUAACUAAGCAUUAUUAUUAAACUUGAUAGAAAUAUAACAUAAAUUUAAAAAUGUUUUUCCAUUGAUAAUUUUCUAUUAAUGUAUUUUCAUAUGGGCAAAGGAAGAAAAAUGACAAAUUCUCUGCGACCACAAACUCGUUAGUUUUUAUUCAACUUUCAAAAUAUUGAACAACGAACCUCAUGUUUUUUUCAGUCUUUUAAAAACCUUAUCCUCUAUGUUUCAGCAGAUACCAAAGUAAUCCACAUUUGUGUCACACUAGAUCAUAGACAACGAAGCAAAUAAAAUCUUUCUGACUUUCUUAAUUUGUAGGAGUAAAAAUAUGAGAAACAAGCAAAUGAAAAGAAAACCAUUCUCUCUUGUUCACAUUAAUUUUUUUCAUUUAUCAAAAUGGUUCAUAUUUUCCAUAGUAAAUAAGAACGGUUUUUAUCGUUUUUGAAGAUAAAGUUAUAUAGCUGAUUUUGUAUGUAAAAUUCUAAUUUCAAUAAAAUGAAAAUUCUUAAA